GUCGGAGCACAUAGCACGGCUGCCACCUGAAUGAAGAGUUGUACAGAGCACUACUGUACUUUAAAUCCCCCCUUUAGAAGUUCAAAAGGGAUUGUAUUUGUGGAAAGCAGGCAUUUGAUUAGCUCUGGAAAACUUGAGCUUGAGAUUGCACCACAUAAUAUCCUGACUACAAGACUCUCCCCUGCAGGGUACCAAAGCCUUCCUUUGAAGGAGCUGUCCCAUUCAAUCCCCCUUUCCAUGGCCAAGGAGCUCCAUUAGACACUAGAUACUAGGAAUACAGGGACCCUGUCAAACUGCAAUAUGGCUAAAAAUGAUAAUACAACUAUGACCCCUGGUAUCGGAGAGAAUGAAGAUGGAACAAAUGCAGCAGUCAUUGGAGGUGUCAUUGGUGCUGUAGUGUUGUUCCUGAUUUGUCUGCUGGUGGCGAUUAUGCGAUACCUGUACCAACACAGGGGCACCUACCACACCAACGAGGCCAAAGGCACCGAAUUCGCAGACAAUGCAGAUUCAGCCCUGAAGUGUGACCCCUCCCUUCAAGAGGCUGUGGACGAGAGCAAGAAGGAAUACUUCAUUUGAGAAGAAUCACAAGCUCUCUCUUCCCAUUCUGUGUUUCUGGAACUGUAUAACAAAACACCGGUUUCCUGUCACCUCCCCUUCAAGGGGGGUUAGACAAGCUGUUAUUUAGAAUGAAUGAGCUGGAAUUAAAAGAUACCCAAGCGGUAUUCAGCAUUCUACAGUUCUCAAAGAUUACAUCUCUCUUGUCAGAAUCCUUGUUGAGAAUUCCGGCAAUUGCCAUCAGACGGUAGCUGUGCAAGCUCACUUAGUAUCAAUUUUUAACCGCAUGUUUUUUUGUAGUUUUUUUUUUGUUUUGUUUUACUAUUAACAAGGUCUACCCUGAUUUGACCCUCAUUUGGUUAACCAUUGUCACUGGGUAUAUGGCACCUGCCAAACCAUGUUCAAGCCAAUUUCAGUUUUAGAGCAUGAUCACAUGUCAGAACCAGCGGUGUACCAUUGAUUGUUGUCUACGCUCUUAAAUAAACUAAAUGC